UCAUUCAAUUAAUACAAUCAAUUAUUUAUAACAGUAUAUGCGAGUAUCUUUUGUUUUCAGGACAAACUUUAUGAGACUUACCUUAUAGAGAUACCUUCAUCCGUGACAUUUAUCUUCUUUGUCAUCUGAACGGCAUCAGUCAAUUAUCUAUUAUUCAGUUUGCACGUUUCCAACCGUAUGACACCGUCCAAAUAAAUUUAGAGCAAAGUUGUCACAGUAAUUGAGAAGAUCUACGAAACAUUCGAAAUAUGACCAUGUCACCUGAAAGAACAUUUUUCGUAUUGCUCAUUGUUUUGAACUUUACUGCCAUAGACGGGAAAAGACUGUACGAGUUUGUGAAAAAUUCUUCUCUCACUGACACCAUUAAAGCAACAGGGUACAUGAACAUGCAGCCAGCUGCUAGUGUUAUACAUUGCGGCUAUGUGUGUAAUGAAAACGUAAGAUGCGUUAGUUAUUUCUACAAACACGAUGAUAAAAUGUGUCAGCUUCACAACUCAACAUUCCAGGACAACUAUGACUUACAAACAUCUGUGAAUACUGAGUACUACGUAAAAACGGAAGAGUACUUCAUUGAAUGUCCUCAGAAUGAUGGAAACUGGGCUGAGGCAAGAUUAACAGAUGGCACAGUAUAUAUGUUUAAGUUAAUGAGAACAACAAAGGUGUCUCAGCCAGACGCACUUUUGUCCUGUACUUCCAUUGGAGGGAGACUGUUAAAGAUACUGACAGAAGAAAAAAUGGAUUUUGUAAGAAAUAAUCUGACAAAAUGUGAAAGUAUACACGGAUACAGUUAUUGGAUAGAUGGAAGCAAUGCUAACGCCUCGGACCCUUUUGCUACUGAUGCUUAUAAAACGGCUGAUAAUGAGGCAAUUCCGAUGACAAGUUAUUUCUGGUAUCCUGACUUGCCCGACUGGCCUCAGUCAAGUCAUUGUAUAUGGAUAUCUGAUAUAUUUGGUUACAAAUUUGACGAUGUAACGUGCCUACACGGUCUGCAAACCGACGGUGUUUAUCCUAUUUGCGAGAAAGAAGUUCCAUAAUAAUACUGUUAUAAAUAAAUGAGUCCUGAAUACGAGAUAUAAAUGGAAAAGUAUGAGGUGUCAAUGGGUUUCUGCGUUAAAGAGUGGUGUUACAUUGCUAUAAUUGAUAUUGUCAAUAAUCGUUUGCAAAGUAUCUAAUUCUUCUAAGGCAAUACUACUUUCACAUUUCUCUUACCCAUCAUCUCUGUCAUGCGCUUGUUUAGCAGUCAUUAUCCAAUCUUCAAUGUCGAGGAGUAAUGAUUCAAUUUUUAAUGUUAAAAGAAAUGGACUUAAUUAUCCCAAUUGUGGAACUUUAAAGUUACAGCAGAACAGCGUUAACUUUCUCCUUUCCUUACUCCAUUUCCAGAUUUUUAUUAUUCACAACAGAAGGUAUCAAGUGAAUUGUGGCAGCUGUUAAACGUAGCCCCGUACUUCAAUUCCUUUGUUCAUGUUUUUCUUGUCCUUCGGAAUCAUUGUUUCCAGGACGUUAGUGUGGAAGACUGAAUAAUCCCUUAUGCUGGUGUUAGGGUUUGUGACAGAUGAACAUUGCACAUUGCAUUAUUUCUCAUGAACAAACUCGAACUGACUCUGCAAUUUUCACAUAUUAUGGUUGUUUUCAUUGCCUUCCAAGGGAUUACCCCUUUAUACACAGUAGAAAAAAAUGGCUUCAGGAAAACUGAUUUACGUCUCCUGUCAUUCGAUGGUUACACGAAAUAGACGCCAAAUAAAGUUGCAGAAUUAAAAAACAGAUGUCAAAUUAAAAAAAAUAUAUAGUAAUAUCGGUAUAUAUAACGUUAACCUUGAAAUGAUAAAAGUUUAGAACAUAAAUUCCAAUUUGAUUUUUAUUGAACUAUUUAAACACCUCGUGAAAA